CCGUUUUUUAUUUGGAAGCACAGUCGAUUUGACUAGCAAUUACCUAAAACAUUUUGUAAAAUGGCUUCACAAAAAUUGUUCAUUGCUACCUUCGUAGUAAUCUGCAUUUCUGGUUGCUUGGGAGGCCCUUCAUUAGCAGCAGUCCCAGCAGCAGUUGCUGCAGUACCAGCAGCAUAUUCUGUACCAUACGCUUCAUCAUACACUGCCAGUGUUGUCAAUCAUGGUAUUGCUGCUCCAGUUGUAGCUGCACCAGCUAGAGUUGCUGCCGCUCCUUUGGUUGCUGCUCCAGCAGUAGCUCCCGCACCUAUUGCCUACAGUGCUUAUGGUGCAGCUCUACCAGCAGCUUACAGUGCUUUCCCUGCGGCGUACAGUGCAUUACCAGCAGCUUACAGUGCAUUACCAGCAGCUUACAGUGCUUUACCUGCAGCUUAUAGUGCUUUUCCUGCACCUUUACCCGCAUCUCCCGUCGUCGUUAGGAAGUAA